AUGGAAGAGGAAAUGGUCAGUAUGGAGGUUAAGGAGGAGUUGAACGAAGGAGAGGAUGAUAACGCAGAGAUGCAAGGGGAAGAUGCUGAUUGUGAGGCUACUGGUGAUGCAGAUGAGACUGCAAAAACUGAGGAAGAGCACGAACAAGAACACAGAGAGGCCCAGGCAGUCACACGCUAUUCACCCCAUCCUGUUCCAGAAUGGCCAUUGGAACAGAUGAGAGAACGCUGGAUGUGGCAUAUGAGGAUAUUUCCUAUUGAUCAAGAGGAUGCCAGGAAUUGUAUCCUGGAUGCAGCCACAAAGAUCUCACAGGAAGCCUGGUAUUAUGUUCCAAAGCGCAAAAAUGGCCAGGGACUUGCUGAGCUGUGCAUGGUCUCAACCAAUGAAGCCCAUGCUGUUAUGUCCCGAGUGGUACGCAUGCCGUUCUACCAUCAGUACGUCACCAUUGAAAUUAACCGUCGCGGUCAGGAAGAUCCACUAGUGGUAGAUUCACCAUACACAAAGAUUGAGGAGACAGCGACCAUUGUGUUGGAUUCAACCAAAUGUGAAAGGGUUAAAAACACAGCCACUUCCAGGGGAGGCCUGAAACGGCGAAGACUCUGGGUACGAUAUUUGUCAGAAAUCACAAGCCCAGAGAUCCUUCGUGUUCUCUUUCCGCUCUCACAAAGCACUGAAGUACAAACGCAUGACAAUUUGCGGAUUGGGUUAGUAGAGGCCCACUCAAAAACGGAUGUGCUCAUCUUCAGGAAGGCUUAUGUCACAAUUGUCAUCAAUGGUACUCAUGUGUUGGCACUGCAGAAUAAGGAACCUGUGGAAAAUGAGCAGAGUUCAAAAGCAGAACUGGAGAAAACGAUGAAACCUCUUGAAGAGCUGGAGGAGGCUCCAAUAUUGGUUGCUGACAGGUCAGACCUGCGUAAAAAUGAAAAGAACCAAGCCUCCCGCUCGCUGAAGCGCACGUUGACCCAGCAGCAACAGAUUAUCAACGCCAGACGAAACCAGCAUGUCGGCGGUGGUGGUGGUGGUGGCAAACGUGGUCACGGGGAACCACCAGCUAAAAGGAGUGCGCCUGGUGGCUGGAGAGGAGGCAACCGUUAUGGUGGUGGCUAUGGAUAUGGAGGAUACGCUGGCCGCGGAGGUCAUGGUGGUGGGUAUGGAGGUCAUUUCUCUGCAGAAGAUAUGGCUGCAGAAAUGAUGAUGAUGCAGGCUCAGCUGAACCGCACCAUACAGAACCAGCUGAUGAUGAUCGACCCUGGCAGCAGGGGAUAUGGCGGCGGACAUGGGCAUUAUGGUGGUGGUGGAGGCGGCGGUGGUGGAGGAGGCGGUCGCCGUGGAGGACGAGGUGGUGGCGGAGGAGGAGGAGGCGGUGGACGCAAGGGCUAUGGAGGAUGGUAA